AUGGUCGAAGAAAUCGCGAAGAAAUCGAAUUACCGCAACGUCAAUUACAAAUUGGACACCGAGUACGCUGUUCGAGUAGCAAAAGCGCUUCUAACACCGAUCGGUAUCUGGCCAAGGGAGGAUUCUCUUCGCGACAGAGUCCGACUGUUCGCUCAAACUGGCGUGGUCUUCGCUUUGAUGUGCUUUCUACUGGUACCUCACGUGAUCUACACUUACUUCGACUGCGAGGAUCUGACGAGGUACAUGAAGGUAAUCGCGGCGCAAGUGUUCAGUCUGUUGGCGAUCAUCAAGUUCUGGACGAUGAUCGUGAACAGGAAAGAGAUCAGAUUCUGUCUGCUGGAGAUGGAGACGCAGUACAGAGACGUGGAGUGCGAGGAGGAUCGACAGGUGAUGACGAAUUGCGCGAAAAUCGGCCGAUUUUUUACUACCCUGUACUUGGGACUUUCUUACGGUGGCGCUUUGCCGUACCACAUUAUUCUACCUCUGAUGUCGGAGAGGAUUGUCAAGGAGGAUAACAGUACUCAGAUACCUCUGCCAUAUUUGAGCAACUAUGUUUUCUUCGCGAUCGAAGACUCGCCGAUUUACGAGAUUACAUUCGUCUCGCAGAUACUGAUUAGCAGCAUCAUAUUGUCGACGAAUUGUGGGAUUUAUAGUUUGGUCGCUACUAUUAUUAUGCAUUGCUGUGGCUUGUUCGAAGUGACCAGCAGAAGGAUGGAGACUAUUUCUGUGCCCACUGGGAAGGAUAUUCGGGGUAGACUUAGGGACGUCGUUCAGUUUCAUCUGAAAGCAAUUAAAUUCGCUGAAAUGAUCGAGAAAGCACUGAACAUCGUGUUUCUAUCAGAGAUGCUUGGCUGCACUAUCAUCAUAUGUUUCCUGGAAUACGGUGUAAUCGUGGAUUGGGCCGAUCACAAGACACUCAGCAUGAUGACGUACUUCGUUCUGAUGACAUCGAUAUUCGUGAACGUGUUCAUAAUCUCGUUCAUCGGUGAUCGUCUUAAACAAGUGAGCGAAAGAGUAGGCGAAACGUCGUACUUCAUGCCGUGGUACGAUCUUCCGGACGAUUUAGCCAAGAAUAUAAGAACGAUCAUACUAAGAGCCAGUCAUCCGUCAAGUUUGUCUGGCGCCAAGUUGUUCGAUCUUUCGCUUCAAGCAUUUUGCGACGUUUGCAAAACUUCUGCGGCCUACUUCAAUUUUCUACAAGCAAUGACAGGAUGA